CCCAGACGUAUUUCUCUUUCACAGAACUAUUAUGUCAACGUUUGUUGUUUGCGAUUUGAUAAGUUGACAGAAAUCAACAAUUAGCUUUAUUUGUGGGCACAAAUUGGAAAUGUCAUCAGUCAGCGUGUAUUAUUAUGAACUCGGUGCGCGAUGCGUUCCCAUUGAUAAUGACGAUAAUCGAUGAAGUGCACGGCGCGAUGCGGCAAUGUGUAAUCCCAGGGGUCAAAGUUGUUUUUGUAUCGGUCGGCCGAGACGGAUCAAGUCGCGCUCGAUACUUGAAACGCUCAAACGCUCGGAGCAUCGCGCAGCGCUCGCAAAGUUUUCGCACGACGCGGAUAUGAGUCUGAUCGAUUUUCUGUUUGCCGGGAACGCGUUCGCGGCGGCUCUAUUCCUUGCCCCUACGCUGGUCUUCAGCUACAUUGGUGUCCGGCUCGUCCACCGUGUGUGGUACUGGUGUAUAUCGUUCAUGCACCCUGAUCUGCAAUUUAUCAGGGAUACCACAUUUCGCAUCCUAUCGGAUACCCACCGCAACAAAGGCAUCAUUGCUGUUCUGCUCACAGUCGGCGGACCAGCUAAUCCAGAAGCUGUACAAAGGCACCUCGAGGAGGUGGUUAAUCGGGUGGACAAAAGCGGAAAUGCGAGUUUCCCACGACUCAAGCAGUCCCUGGUUACCCGUUAUGGGGUGUACGCUUGGCACAUCGAAGACAAGUUCCAGCUCGAUCAGAAUCUUAUCAUUGCCAAUCGCACGUUUCGCGGGCGCGCUAUUUCCGACCUAAACGUCCAGGAUUGCGUCAGCGACAUUGCAUCCAAGUAUCUCCCAGUUGGUAUGUCUCCCUGGCAGAUGGUAAUCAUCCCGAGCACUGAGAACCAACACUACAUCCUCGUCCGGGUACACCACGUCCUCAUCUCCGAAGGACUCAACAUUGCUGACCUGCUCCCCCUUCAGCCCACAGUCUCGUAUCCCAUAUGUAGGAACAAACCUUCUACGACGCCAUUGCGCAAUGUUUUCAAAGAACCGAAUGGUCUAUACGAGUUGCGCGAUCGCCUCCAGCAAGACCUCACCAAUUACUGGAACGAAUUCAUUGCAACGCAUGAUCCGUUAGAAAAUCCCGAGGUAUUGAAAAGCCCACCCGGCGUGUUGCAAUACGCGGCGAUUGCGUUGAUCAAUGUAGUCAGCACGUACAAGGAAUACACCAAGGGUUUGAAAGGUGUCAAUCGGGACCUGUCCUCACGUAUAAGUUUCCUCCUGAGUACAAUCACACGGGAGAGUCGUAAACGAAAUGUCACAUUUUACGACGCACUUCGCACCAGUCUAUCACCACUGAGAUUGGUUCGUAGUUGUAUUCUGUGUACCUACAAACCGUUCGUGUUCUUUAUUUUUCGCCUGCCCGUUAAGUUGUACUACGAAAUGGUCGCGUUGUACACGUGUCUAGUGUUGCAAUAUUGCGAUUACAGAAAUACGGUGGGUUUAAUUUACAACUACGUACCUUUAGGGUACCGCGCAAUCAAGGAUCUGCUAUACUGUGCUAAGGUAAUCUUCCACACUCCGAAGAAUGUCCUGGAGGAAGUUUUUGCAAGUCAGGAGAUUAUUCAAACCGUCACACUUUGUGGACGCAAAGUGGUAGCUUGGUCAGAGCCGAUCAAAACUGACCUGGUGACCCGUUUAGCACAGAGUACGAAUGUGAGUGAAACUGAAGUAGUUCUCGCCACAUGCAGUGCUGGUAUUGAGAGGUACUUCGAGGAAGUUGAAGAUGUGCAACCAAAGGAGAUUUCUAUCACUGCGAGAAGCAUCGGAUCGGAAUACCUUUUCCAACGCGGGUUUAAUGCGGUGGAUGCUUUCGGGGGAAUGCUUUGUAUAAACCUACCGAUUCUGGAUUCGAAACAGGAUUCACUUUUGGAUAAUCUUCGGGUGAUCAAGAAGAAUAUGGGUGAAGCCCUUUCGAAACAGCAGGUGACCUAUUUGCUCAGCAUCAUGCAGAGUAAGUACGGUGUUAUUUCGAAACUUCUGCCCGCGACUCUCAUUGGGAUCUUCCUUCGAUGUCUCACCCUGAAAUAUUCGGUGUGUUAUACGGAGGUGGCGAAUCGGCACGUGAAUAUCAAACAGAAGACCACGUGGGGUAAAGAGGUGACCUCAGUCAUCUACUGGAGACCACCCCAGGCCAAUAUUAGUAUAUCCUUGUGCCUGAACCAGUACGGGGACGAAAUGCGCCUGGCUGUAAUGUCCGACGCCCAGCUCGCGCCCCAUCACCGCGCGCUCGUGAAACGCUUCAAGGAGGACAUGGAGGAAAUCGCGCGCGUCGCCGGCGUCGAACAGUCGGCGCUGGCUGCGCCUUCGUCGUCCUAGCAGGAGACGGCUGACGCGCGCUGCCCGCCCACCACGCCGACGCCGGCAGCGGCACCCCCCACGGCCUGUCGCGGCGCCGUCGAGCGGCACUCGCUCAGGCUCAGUCAUCAUUCGGCGUCGAACGCUGCAACGUGCCGCAAUAGUCGCACCGACCAGACACUUCGCCUUCCGCCGUCGCCAAGUCGCGCCGGCGAUCGAUAGCCAAGCCAAGCACAAACACAUACGUCGCCCUCCUGCCUCAACACUGCGAGCGGAACCUUCGCCGCCGCCGGCCGCCCGUACGGAGUUUCGGCGCCGCACGCAUUCUCUCUUCGUCAAUGACCAAAUAACAUUCAAAUCGCCGCCUCAGCUGUAUCUCGAUUACGCACCUGUCACGAAAUAAACUAAAUUAUUAUUAUUAUACAUAA